AUGAAGGAUCUAGGAGAAGCGAGACAAAUACUGGACAUGAAAAUAACGAGGGACAUAAAUGCUGGUAAACUUUGGCUUUCUCAAUCUGAUUAUAUUGAGAAGGUGUUGUGCAGAUUCAAAAUGGAUAUUGCAAAGCCGGUUGGAGUGCCACUGGGAAGCCAGUUCAAGUUGUCCAACAAGGAUUCGCUCAAGGAUGACUCUGAAAAGGAAAGGAUGAGAAUUACGCCUUAUGCUUCCGCUAUAGGGAGCCUGAUGUACGCUAUGGUCUGCACCCGACCAGACAUAGCAGAUGCAGUGGGAGUAGUCAACCGGUUCAUGGGAAAUCCUGGAGUGAUGCACUGGGAGGCGGUAAAGUGGAUCCUUAGUGAUCUUGACAAGAGAAGAAGUACUACUGGUUACGUGUUCACUUAUGGUGGGACGGCCGUAUCCUGGAUCUCAAAGCUGCAGAAGAUAGUCACAUUGUCCACAACGGAAGCUGAGUACGUGGCAGUGACAGAGGCAACCAAGGAGCUCGUUUGGCUGCAAAACUUCCUGAAUGAACUUGGGAGACCUCAAGAGGAUGUGACUCUAUACAGCGAUAGCCAGAGUGCAAUCCAUCUGGCAAAGAACCCCGCGUUUCACUCGCGAAUAAAACACAUUGAGGUUAAGUAUCAUUUCAUCCGGCAACUUCUAGAGAAGAAGGUGUUGCAGCUGAAAAAGGUUCCGGGAGAGAGAAAUCCUGCAGACAUGUUGACCAAGACAGUGGCUUACUAG